GGGUGUGGCCGAGGUUUUGGGCGUCCCUCCCUGCAGGGAAAGUCCAGCUCACUCAACCUUGAGAGAGACGCUCUGACUGCAGCUGCUCACCAAAGAACUCCACAGCUCAUCUUCAUCAUCCUCUCCGUCAUGACGUCCUCGUCCUCGUCCAAAGCUCGCAGCGUGGUCCUGGCGCUCCUGGCGCUGUGGGCCGUGGUGUCUCUGGUGGUGAUCGUUGUCUGGGCGACGUCUCCGGACCUGAAGGGUGCGGCUCAGUGCCGCUCCGAGCUGCAAGAAGCCAACGAGAAGCUGGCCGGCGCCAAGGUGGUGUACGCCCAGAACAAGGCGGCGCUGGAGGACAUGGUGCACGCGGCGAGGGACGAGACGGCUCGCCAGACGGCCGAGGUCAUUCUGGUGCUCGCGAGCCUCAACGCCACCAACGCCACGCUGCAGCAGAGCCUGCAGGAAAACGCCGUCCUGAAGGGGAACAUCAGCGUGCUAGAGGAGAAGGUGGAGCUUCUGCAUCAGAGGGAGGCCAACCUGACGGCUCACAUCUCUCUGCAGGACGAUUACAUAGAGGAGCUGCAGCAGAACGUGACCCAGGUCGGCCACCAGAUGGAGUCGUGUGUCAGCCUGAGGACGGCUGCAGAGAGCCAGAUGUUGGCGUCUCAGAGUCAGACCAAAGCCUGCCAGUCCCAGCAGCAGUACCUCAACAAACAGCUUCAGAAGUGUAAAGAGGACGCUGUCUCUGAAGACGCUAAGGAGACGACGCAGCUGCAGAAGGACCCGUCCUCAGCCUCGCCGCUCGCUGGGCUUCCUGCGCUGACGCUGCUCGUCUGCAGCACUCUGCACCUCAUCACCUGAUCUGGCGCGGUGGCGACCUGUCAAAUGCCGGCGAGCGCCGCGGUCCGGGCCGGAGGCGGAGCCCGGAUGGACCAAUGACUGCUGUACAAACUUCAUGUGCACGUGACGAGCAUGUCGCCAUGGAGACGCUGACGCGAUGGACGAUUGGACAGAAACAGACGUUCACUGACUCGCUGCUGCUGCACUGACUACUUUCUUCACGGCUGCUUUGACUUCGCUGCUGCUGCUUUCUCACGUUUCAGCUUCUUAAAUAUUCAUAUUAUAUAUAUAUAUAUAU